CACUGCCACGCUGACAUCAAUGCUGUGGACGACCACGGCAAAUCCGCUCUGCACUGGGCGGCUGCAGUUAAUAAUGUGGAGGCCACUCUUGUGCUUUUGAAGAAUGGAGCCAACCGUGACAUGCAAGACAAUAAGGAGGAGACGCCACUGUUUCUGGCAGCCAGAGAAGGCAGCUUUGAGGCGGCUCAGGUUCUCCUCGACCAUUACUCCAACCGGGACAUCACGGAUCACCUGGACCGGCUGCCCCGCGACACUGCUCAAGAGCGCAUGCAUCACGACAUCGUGCGUCUGCUGGACCAGUACAACCUGGUUCACAGUCCACACAACGGCCCUAACCACAUGGGCGGAGGAAACUCCUCGGUGAUGUGCGGGGCCAAUGGAGCUGGAUACAUGGGCAUGCGCCCCGGGGCUCAGGGGAAGAAGAACAGGAGGGGUGGAGGUGGAGCAAAGGUGGGAGGUGGAGCUGGUAAUGCUAAGGAGCUAAAAGACAUGAAAGCAAAGAGAAGAAAGAAACCGGCCGGAGGAGAGGCGCCGGCUGCAGCUGCUGGAGCGGGAGGAGGAAGUGGAGCAGGAGGUGGAGCAGCAACAGCAGGAGGGAACGCAAACGGCGUUAAGGCAGCAGGACUUCCAGAGAGCUCCGUCAUCAUGUCGCCCGUCGACUCCCUGGAAUCACCGCACUCGUACACAGGAGACGUGUCCGGCACCGUCACCACCACAGCCAACUCCCCUCCCCUCCUGAGCAGCCCCACCUCCAGACCUAUGCUGCCCCCCGUCAGCCACAUGCUGGGGCAGCAGCAGAGCUGGGUGCCCAUGACCAAGCACGGCUACAGCGGCCACAUGUUCGGCCUGGUGCCGCACCAGAUGGGGGGGUCACACUCCGGCAUGGGCCAGCACCACGGCCAGGGCGCCAUGCUGACCCCCAUGAACGUCACCAUGAGCAGGGAGCAGCUGCCGCCCAUCGUCACAUUCCAGAUGAUGGCGCCUGGGGGGGGCCAGGCCAUGCUGAAGCAGCCUCAGCAGGGGCCGGUCCCUCAGUCCCAGGGGCCGAACCAGAGCCAGACUCACUCCCAGCAGGGGCCAGGCCAGCUGCGGUGCUCCCAGGCUCUCAUGUACCAGAUGCCCGAGCAGAUGAGCAUGGGGCACGGGAUGUCCCACGCCAUGCAGCACCCCCACACCGUCGGCCACGGGCCACGGGGGAUCGAGGGCCAGUCACGGCAGCUGCCCUCCUAUCCACCCAUGCAGAGCCCUGUGGAUAAAUACCCCACUCCCCCCUCCCAGCACAGUUUCACCACCACCGGCUCGGAGGGCACCAUCCCCGGUCACUCCGCCCACCCGCCAAGCGAGCACCCGUAUCUCACGCCGUCGCCCGAGUCCCCGGACCCCUGGUCGUCCUCUUCGCCGCACUCCAACUCGGACUGGUCUGAUGUCACCACCAGCCCCACCCCUCUGGGGAACCCCCACCACGCACUGCCGUCUUCACACCGCACACACAUUCCAGAGCAGGCGCAGCUGCAGGCGCAGUCGCAGCAGAUGCAGCCGGCCGCCCAGCAGCCGCAGCACGGCAACAUGCAGGUGUUUGCGUAGGCCGGUCGGAGGAAAGCAUAAACAGACUGACUUUGGGGGGUUCUGUGUAACUCGUACGAUGCUUUUUUCACGUCUCGUUAAUUCUGUUUUUCAUUAUAAUAAUCUCCCCCUUUAUG